UCUCACGAAGCACCACCAGUCAACCACCCACAGCCAUCGCCUUGUUCUUUUCCAUCCUCGCUAUCUCCAAGCCGCACACAUUGCAUCCCUCUCUGAGUUUGUGUGUUUGCAUUGCGCGGGUAAGAAUCGGCUUGCUUCUUUUUCUGUAUUUCGGCUUGCUUUUCAGAGGAAGCCACCAACGCCACCAGUUACAUCGCGCAUUUCCGAAAUUCUCACCGAGCCAGCGGGGCAUUCGUCCAUAUCAGAAACCACGUCGCUCAUAGUUCCAUUGCCCCUAAGGUGCCCUCGAUAUCAUGUCGCCUCCCUCGCCCAGCACGGCGCGCGGGCGGUCUAGCGGAACUCGCCUCUUCUUCUCAGGUGCUCCGUUUUCGCGCAGCCGAAGCGCAAACACGACGGCCGGAGCCAACAACGCCGCGGAAGGCGCGGGCAGGCCAUCAGCAGCACCCACUUCGUCUGCCGUGCCGCCGAGACCCAGCGGCGGCAGCAGCAGCAGCAGCGUCAGCAGCAGCGACGGCAGCAUCAGAUUGCAGCUUGAUUUCAACGCGUCGCCGCCAGCGCCGCUUUCCGCGCAGUAUCGCCGAGCGAGCAUGGACGCGUCGAUUCCGUUCAGAGACGCGUGUACUAACGCUGGCUCACUGCGCCUAGCGGGCGCUGAUACCGGCGAGGUCGCGGGGACCGGGCUACCGGGAAGACGCCCGAGCACGGCGGCACAGGCGGAGAGGACUGCGGGCGAUUCGCUGCGCGACGAGCUGUCCCGCCUGGCCAUGCUGGAGGAGUCGGCGGAGGGCGACGAGUGGCUCGGCGGAGAGCUGCUCCGCGCGAAGACUGACGGCGCCGCCAGUGCGGAGAGACGCGCAAGGGUGCGCGGAAUAAAUAGGAUCGGCGUCGCUCGCCCAGGCUCGGGCGGAGACCGCAGUGCGCAAUCGGCGGCGGAAGAGACCCUGUGGCCGGUGGGCGCGGCGGCGUGGGGAGCCGGCGAGCUCCCCGCGCUGUUCACUCACUCCAUGCCCUUCCCCCCGCCCAACCGCCUCGCAACCUCCGCCGCGCUGCGGGCCCAGGCCGAAACUGGCGCCACCUUCGGCGCGGAGAGGGGAGCGUUCCCCGGGGUAGGCGCGAACGCGCAGCUGUCGUCGCCGGAGUACGGCGCGACGCGCGCCGGCGUCAACGCUGCGGAGGCGCGCGCGCUGAACCGCAGCAGCAGCAUCGGAAACAAGGCGGAGAUGACGUGGAACGCGGCGGAUGGCGCAGCCAACGCGGGAAACGUCCCCCUCUUCCCAUCAUUCAGCAACAGCAACGGCAGCUACGGCGCUGCCGGGCGCAGAGGGUCGUCGAGCGGCGGGCAGAGAUCCCUGGAGCGAGGCGAGGUGCAGGCCGGCCUUGCGUCGGGCGCUUCGAUGGGCAGAGAGCAGGCGCCCAAGCCGCCGCUGCAGCAGCAGCUGCCGUCGCAGAUGCCGCACUUGCGGCAGCAGCCGCAGCCGUUCCAGCGCCUGCACCCAUCCGCGCGAGUCCCGCCAUCCGCGGUGCUGCCGCGCAACGUCGCCGGCUUGCGCCGACCCAGCAGCAGCAGCGGAACUGGCAGAGGGUUCGCCCGUGCGACAGGCGGAGAGUCGCCCAGCUACAAGUCGAACGACGACGGCUCAGUGGAGGGCGAUGGCGCUGCGUGCGACGCGGAUUUCCUGUCGGCGCCAAUUGCGCGAUCGGGGCCCAUAGCGUACGGGCGAGUGGGAAUGGCAGCGCAACGAGGGCCGUCCGCGCUGCGGCUACCCUCGGCGGGUCGCGACCUGCCGCCAUCGCUGCUUCAGAAGCUGCAGUCGCUGCAGCAGCUCACCCACCCGUCGCCUGCUCAAACUGCACACCCGCCCCUCGCCCCUGCCGCGGGGAUGCCUGCUGGCGCGGCGUUCCCAGCAGCUGAUGGCGCUGCAGAUGGGAAGCCACGUGUGUGGGACCGACUCGCGCCCCCCGCUGUGCCUGCAGCUACCAGCGCUGCGCCGCAAGGGGACGGGCGCAGCUCGUCUUCUCUCACGAGCUCCGGAUCACAGGCAGCCUCAGACGACGGGGAUCGCGCGCUGGAAAGCCACGGCUCGCCAAACGACGGCAUCACAGCCGCGGAGCCACCGUGCGCAUGCCUCAACUGGCAGGGGGUGGAGAGCCUGUGUCUGGACAUGGAGUUGGACCGCCGCCCCAUCGAGUCCAUCGACAUCAUCGUUCCCGCACCUGACAUGCACGACAGCGCUGCCCCCAGUGUUGUGUACGGGCUGCGCUUCGCUGGCACGGGCGAGUGGCAGCUGCCCGCGUGCGAGCAGGGCGGGGGGAGAGAGCAUGGCGAGCUGCGGCGGGACGGGGCAGGCGUGUGGGGGAGCGGUGCAGGCGCUGGGAUGGCCUCGCUGAAGCCAGACGCGCUGUGUCAGGGCCAGGCGCCGCUGUUCCAACUCACACCUAUGGCUGCCUGAGCAUCUUCGCGGGCCUGUUGCCUGUCGCAUGAUCCCUUGGAUGCUCUGGGCUAAAUCCUCGAGUGCGUUUGUGCAGCCUUGGGCGUCCAUGUACGGCGUGCUGUGCUGUACGUGGGUGCGUUGUGAGUGAGGGGAUGGGGGUAGGUGUGUGCCGUGUGAGCAUGCAUGUGCAACUGGAGAGUGCAUCUCUCAAGUGGAUUCCUGUGUAACCAUGCACAUGCAUGUGCUUGUUUGCUCCCAACGGAGUUCUGUGCUGUGACGCCUUUAUGUACCUUUGCCUUUUCGUAUUCCAAGCCAACGGCCAAAUA